UGGCUUAAUUCACAAGCCAGCAUUUUAUUGCAGAAAUAGUCCCCUUUUUUUCUCUCUCUCAGCGCAAGUCUUCUUUUUCCUUCUCCCAAGACAACUCGUCUCUCUCCCGUGAAUUCCAGCCCUUCCCGGCUGCCCUAAGUUCAUCGUCGCCUGCGCAGGUUACUUGAUUCAAAGUUUGUUAGUGUUGCUACACCAGAUCGUAUCUUAUAUUUCUGAUUUCCAUAAUGGCUGCGAGAAUCCUUGCAAACUUGCUUGUUAUGGGUUCUGGAAUAAUGGUAAGGGCCUUCGCCCAGGCAUAUCGUCAAGCUCUCGCAAAUGCGUCCAAAAACGGUGUUGCUCAAGAAGCAGUACAGAAUAUUAAAAGAGCAAGCAAAAAUAUGACAGAGUCAGAGGCUAGGCAAAUUCUUGGGGUUGCAGAGCAUUCAUCAUGGGAAGACGUGUUGCAGAGAUACGAUAACUUGUUUGAGAGGAAUGCUAAGAAUGGAAGUUUUUAUCUUCAGUCAAAGGUGCAUAGAGCCAAAGAAUGUUUAGAAUCACUUUACCAGAGUAAAGCACAGGGUCCAAAUUAGUUGCUCUUCCCUUAAGUUCUCGCUGCAUUGCUGCUGCGACGUUGUGAGCAGAAGAGAGUUGUGUUCAACCACCAGAUCGUUUCCUACAAUGUUACAUAUGUAUUUGAUCCUCAAUUUUGGCCCUUGUGAGAGAAGCAUUUUAAUUAAUUACUGGUGUAGUUUGCAUCACUUCUGUCAUUUUGCUUAGAAGCACGCGCCAUGUUUCAUGCGCUUGUCUGGUACCUGCAGAUUUGAUGGAAGUAUGAAAUUGAAAAUCUAGAGUGGCAUCUCUUAUUUCUUACGAAAUGAAAUAAAUUGUGUGUAAUUUGGCUGUCA